UCCAACCCUCUCUGUCUCUCUUGCCUAAAACCAUGAGGGCUAUCUCAUUGUGAGGCUCUCUUUGCACUCUCCCAAAAGAGACCCCUCACCAUGCAUGCAUGCAGGGGUCACAAAGAAACUAAGGGAAAAACGAGAAAAUAUCAGAAGCAAGCAAUGACCCCAAAAAAGUCACAAUCACAACAUUCCAUGAUAGUUGUCAAUACAGCUUGAAGCACAAAAUUUUGAUGAAAGUAAUGGCGAUAGCUCCGGCGAUAAUCUUGCAGCCAACUCUUAUCAUCAUCGUGGCUUUGCCUGUGAUAUAUUCCAUGACAGAAGCAGAAGCUUUGGUGGCACUAAAAAAAUCGUUCUCCAACUCCGAAGCUUUGGUUAGUUGGGUGGCUGAUUCGGUACCUUGUAGUGAAGAUGAUCAAUGGCAAGGCGUUGCUUGCAACAAUGGCCUUGUCACGGGGCUUCGCCUUGGAGGAAUGGGGCUCUUAGGGGAAAUAAAUAUUGAUGCAUUGCUUGAACUCAAGGGUCUUCGAACUAUUAGCCUCAACAACAAUUCUUUCUCAGGCAACAUGCCAGAGUUCAACCGAAUAGGGUUCUUGAAAGGGAUGUAUUUGCAAGGGAACAAGUUUUCUGGGGAUAUUCCUCAGGAGUACUUCCAAAGAAUGAGGUCUUUGAAGAAAUUGUGGCUCUCUGAUAACCAAUUCACGGGGAACAUUCCUUCCUCGUUGGGAGAGAUGCCUCAGCUCAUGGAGUUGCAUCUUGAGAACAACCAGUUUAGUGGAAGCAUUCCUAAGAUGAAUAACCCGGCGUUGGUGAAAUUCGAUGUUUCCAACAACAAGUUGGAAGGUGAAGUUCCGGCUAGUUUGUUGAAGUUCAACAAGAGCUCCUUUGCCGGGAAUUCUGGUCUUUGUGGUGAGAAGUUUGGAAAAUCAUGUGAAGAGAAAACGGAGAAUCCAAGUCCCAUUGAUGCAAAAAAUAGUAGUGGUUUGCCAGGUGGUAGCUCUUUGCAGAUUAUUGGCUUUAUAAUAGCGAGUGUGGUGCUUGUCUCGCUCGUUGUGUUUUGUAUUGUGAGAUCAAGGCGAAAGAAGGAGGAGGGGAGUUUUGUCAUGUUUGAAGAUAUCAAUGAAGGUGCAGUGGAAGUUCAAGUGACUGCACCAGUGAAAAGGGAUUUGGAUGGAAGUUCAAGUGCAAGUGCAAGUUCAUUUUCAAGUUCAACAAUUAGAAAAAUAUCCUCCGGCAGAAGGGCAUCUGGUCAAGGUAAAAACGUGGGGGAACUUGCGAUGGUGAAUGAUGAGAAGGGUGUGUUUGGUUUGCCAGAUUUGAUGAGGGCCGCUGCGGAAGUGCUGGGAAAUGGAUGCUUUGGAUCUUCUUACAAGGCCGUCAUGGCUAAUGGAGUGGCAGUGGUGGUGAAAAGGACUAGAGAGAUGAAUGUUUUGGAAAAAGAUGAUUUUGAUGCAGAGAUGAGGAAGCUUGCAAAGCUCAAACACUGGAAUAUAUUGAGCCCUUUAGCUUAUCAUUUCAGAAAGGAUGAGAAACUAGUUAUCUCUGAGUAUGUUCCGGGAGGCAGUCUACUGUUUUCACUUCAUGGUGACAGAGGACCAUCGCAUUCUGAGCUUGAUUGGCCUGCUCGUUUGAAGAUAGCACGUGGAAUUGCUGAAGGGAUGCGUUUUCUUUACACAGAACUUGCUACCUAUGAUCUACCACAUGGCAAUCUCAAGUCCAGCAAUGUUCUCCUAGGACCAGAUAAUGAACCAAUGCUUGUAGAUUACGGGUUCAGCCACAUGGUGAACCCUUCCACUAUUUCACAGGUGCUAUUUGCUUUCAAGGCACCAGAGGCAGCACAACAUGGCCAACUUUCACGUAGUUGUGAUGUUUACUGUCUCGGGGUUGUCAUACUCGAGAUGCUCACAGGGAAAUUCCCCUCUCAGUACCUUAGCAAUGGUAAGGGUGGAACUGAUGUGGUGCAAUGGGUUGAGAAUGCAAUCUCUGAGGGAAGGGAAUCCGAAUUGCUUGAUCCUGAAAUUUCAAGCUCUAGGAAAUCACUUGGAGAGAUGCAGCAACUCCUCCACAUUGGUGCUGAAUGCACUAAAAGCGACCCUCAGCAACGGUUAGACAUGGGAGAAGCUAUUAGAAGGAUAAAGGAGUUAACACCCGAGGGUGGCCAUCAAGAAUCAAGAACAAUAGAGGUCUGGUCAUCUCCUAGAGGGUCUCCGGUAUUUGACAACCAAGAACCCGGGAUUAGACAUGGAUCAAACAGCUUCGGAAGCAGCAGGGAUAAUUUUGACUUCUAGGUAACACAAUUUAGAUUGUCUUCAUGGGAAAAAGAACGAGUCAUGUGUGUAUCUUUUGGAAUAACCAGGAAAAGAGUGGCGAUUAUGGAUCAGGGACUUGUGUUAUUUGGUACAUUCCUUAGAAUUUUGAUGUUAUAGAUCAGAGACAUGUGUAUACUUUAUGAUACUUAAGUUUACUGAUAUCUCAGUUAUAGGAUGAAGCUUUGUAAAUAAUAAGAAUUACCUUUUUCUGUUUUUUUUUUUCUUCCUUUGUUUGUACGUAAAUUUUUGUAGUCACUGAUAUAAAAAUCUUUACUUACUCUCCUACAAGUAUCGUUGGUUACAUCAA